AGAAUUCCAGGUCUGUGGUAGAGGCAGGAGCAGAUGGGCCGGUCUGUGGGCACUAAAUGAGGAGUGGAUUUGUCAGGAGAGGGUGGGAUAGAGAAGGGCAGCAGAAUUACAGCUAAUGAGUGCGCUGGCACACCAAUCCGGGCUCCCCUCCCUCCUCCCCCUCUCCCUCCACCAUCCACAGUCAUGAAGUAAACCAGGGGCACCAGCCAGCACAGGGCCAUGGGGUGCUGGUGCCAACGGAUCCAGGCACCGUCUCAGAACUGGCUUCGCCCAGGCUGGAUGACAGUGGCGCUGGUGGUGAUUGGAUUGUGCUUAAUGUACCCUGUUCUAAGAGGCAUUUUCUGGCAGAUUCACUCCGCGGUCACCGGAAGCUACAUCUCAGGGGAUCAUUCUCUGGCUUUCAUCAAUUGUCCCAAUGAACAAUUAGCAAAAGAGAUUGGCAGGGGCAUUCUGGAGAAAAAACUGGCCGCCAGCGUGAAUAUUAUGCCAAAAAGUUCAUCACUAUAUAUUUGGAAAGGAGAAAUAGAAGAGUCUUCUGAGGUACUUUUAGUAGUGAAAACAAGAACAGCGAAGAUAUACGACCUCUCAGGAUACAUCCGAUGUCACAGGGAGCGUACCGCAGGCGCCAUGUUUCCGGAGAUCUGCACAAGCGCAUUACACUCUGGCUUGUUCACCCGUUCGAGACACCAGAUCUUGUCACUGUUCCGAUUGAUCAGGGAAACUCUGAUUAUUUCAAGUGGAUUGAAGAGGUUUUGCUGGAGAAAUGAGCGUAGUUCGCGGUCUGGGAGAACGUUAUAGUAUCAGCAUUGCAGCCAUCAGAUGUUAUUCCCAGGCACAGCAGACACAUCUAGCAAAGGUCUGACUUCAUCUACCUGGGAAUCUGCUGCCUAUAAUACCCCUUUCACACCACAAACCUGGGUCCGACUCGGUAUUUUGAAUCCGGGUCAGACCCGGGUCGGACUCUUUCACACUACACUUUCAACCCGGGUUAUUGCAGGGUUGGCUCCUUUUAGCUGAACCCGGGUCAGCAAUUAAAACACCAUGGAUGUCAUUUUAAAUUGACUUUUUUUGGCUCAGAAAGAUGAGGUGUCAGAAGGGGACAAAAGGAGAGGGUGGGGACAGCGCACAGCAGUGCAGGAAUCAUGGCUGACAGAGCGAUAUUUUUAUGGUUGGUUCUAAAUCGGAGUGGGAGAAGAGACCUUCUGACGUCACUAGGGGAGGAGCCACGUCACAAGGGGGAGGAGCUAUGCCCGAACAGGGUACCCGAAAAGUACCCUCACGGGCUUGCUUCGCUCGCCUCGCUUCGCUCGACACCUGAUUACUAAAGGUAAUGGUUGGUGGCGUGGAUAGUAGAGGAACUAUCCCGUUGGCCUAGCUCCUCCCCCUUGUGUCAUGGCUCAUCCCCCUGACAUAAAAGGUCCAAAGACCACUUGAAUCUAGCAUCAACCAUCUUUUUAUACACAAUUGCAUUUUUAACUGUUCCAGUAAUAUACCUCACAACUGUCCCAAUUUUCGUAAGACAGUCCUGUUUUAUGUGGACUGUCCCAGUGUCCCACCCACGGGCCGCAGUGUCCCGCGAUGUGUGUGUGUGAAUGUUUA